UUCUGUAGGACUCUCCGGACAAGAUUUUUCUUGAAAAAUUUGCGUCAUUCUACCUAGCUAAAGUUUUCACGUUAUCUGCUUCCAUUAUCGAUCGUAUUUUGUUCACAAAUAGUAUUCGAUUGACUGUUUUCCAAAAUGUCCUUGUUCGGAUCACUGAUGGGUGAUGUCGACGAUGAUCCUAUUUUUGGGUCCCACAUGCAAUCUAUGAGGCACAUGAGUGACAUGAUGAACUCUUUAUUUAAUGAUCCAUUUGGCAUGAUGGGUCCUCCCCGUCAUAAUACCAUUAUGGAUGAUAUCCAUAGAAGUAGAAGCAGGGGUCAUCAAAAUGAUCUCCAGAUGAUGCCAUUUGGAUUUCCACCAAUGCCUACAUUUAAUAUGGGAAAUCUAUUUGUGGGUGGAAAUCAAUUGGCUUCUGGUGAAAAUGGUCAUUCCUUUGUUGCUAAAUCUGUAAUGACUAUGGCUAGUGGUCCUGAUGGUCGUCCACAAGUUUAUCAGGAAACUAUGUCUACAACAACUGCUCCUGGUGGUGUAAAAGAAACAAAAAAAACAGUUUGUGAUUCUCGUACUGGUAUGAAAAAGAUGGCUAUAGGACAUCAUAUUGGAGACAGGGCACACAUUUUAGAAAGAGAACAUAAUCUUCAUAGUGGAGAACAGGAAGAACAUCAGGAAUUUAUUAAUCUUGAUGAAGAAGAAGCAGAGAGUUUUAAUAGUGAAUGGGAAUCACAUACUCGUCGUGGAGUUGGAGCAAUUGGCAAUUCUCAUUAUGGUAGUCAUGGUCAUCGAAAUCGACCUGAUCACAGGCAACUGGCUCUACCUGAACCAUCAGGAAGUCGAUACUCUAGUUCCUCAAGGUGGACACCUUCUAGACGUAGUUUAAGAUUGCCACCUACAUCUAAAACAUCCAAUCCAAUUCACAGUUUAAGUUCGAAUAUAUCCGGUCGUGUUCAAUCUGCUAAAGCAGCUACAUCAGCAACAACUACAAGUGUAAUAGGAAACCGAAAACGUAAACAUAUACCGGAUGCUAAAGCUAGCAAAAAGUGUCAUGUUGUACCAGAUAGUAAUGUCUAGUUCUUCUAUUAAACCAUUUAAACUAUAUUUCAGUAAUAC